CUGAAGUGAUGCUGAGAAAAUACUUUGAGUCCAAGGAGGAUUUGGCCGAUACAGUUCUAAAGAUGGACCAGUCACUCACAGAAAAGGAAAAGAGGACUGAAGUGGAACAUAUAAAAGCAGAAGCCGCAGAGGCGGCAAACAGAGCAUUGGCGGAAAUGCAAACGAAGCACGAGCUGCUGAUGGCACAGAAGGAACAGAGUUAUCAAGAGCACAUGAAACAGCUGACUGAAAAGAUGGAGCAGGAACAGAAAGAGUUAAUGGCAGAGCAACAAAGAAUCAUAUCCCUUAAACUUCAGGAACAGGAAAGACUUUUCAAGGAAGAAUUCCAGAAUGAGAGCAGGAUACUACAUCAAGAGAUCCAGAAAAUAAGGGAGAAACGUUCACGGUGCACCAUAUUCUAAAAUCCGAACAGAAUAAAGCUCUCUACCCUGGUUUCACUCAUCAAGGAAUAAACUUUGGACACAGCUUUGGACAGUGACACAGCUUGGCACUGAACGAGACUUGAACACAGUGAUACUUUAUUAGGAAGAAGCGAGAAAUAAAGUUCACAAAGUGGAGUUUAUAUGUGAAAAGAAUGUUUGGCUUAUGAGGUGACUCAGUUCAUGUCUGUGUUAGAAGUGAAGAUUCAUGUGAUCUGUAAUCGGGUCUUAUAUUUGAUACUGUAAACAUGGACUCUGUAGACAUACUAAAUUGUAUUAUUGGGAUUGGUUUUUACAACACAGUGAUAUGGCACCUCUGUUCGGUUAGACCUUUUUGAUUCACACAUACCCUUUCUGGAUAUUCUUAGUCAUGUGCUCAUAAGGAAUUCAAAGAUGUAGCUUGCCCUAAGCUGGGAUUGGCAUGUUGUAAACAUGAUAAAAGUCUGAACAUAACCAGAGGACACAGCUCCUAGGGUCUCAUGCUGUCUGCAGACAUUGGUUCCCAGGGUAGACAAUGGGCAGUGCUCAAUGUGGGAAGGCUCUGUGGCUGCUGGGAGAGCAGAGAAACUCAUUGGAGAGUGGGAGAAAUUUCCCUCCAGACAGAAUGCAUAGGUGAGUGGGAGUUGCACCUUUUAGAGAACUUCUUGUUUUCUUUCAUGCUCCACCCUAUUGUGUUUCCUUAAUAAUCUCUCUUUUUAUUUUUUAAAAACACUUCUAAGAGUGUUUUUAAACACUUUCUCCUUCUAAGAGUUUUAGAAUGACUUCCACAAUCACAGAAUGGAGAACUCAAAAUAAUUUUCGUUCUAUUCCUCUGAGGCUCAUGAUCACAGUGCCACCUCUUGUGAAACCAACCUUCAUUUUUAUCUUUCUUUUGCUGCUAUGACAUGAUUUGCAUAUCUCUGAGGAUAAAUGCCUUCUACAAUGUGGCAGAAGCACGGGUUAAGUGAAAACUCUUAAUAAAAAUGAUCAGCCUACCAUAAUUGUUUCAAAUGCAUGC